AUGGGUGCAUCCAAAUCCAACUCAAAACACAAGCAAGCCAGAGGCAACGUUAUUGUAAGCGUCCGGGUACGCCCUGACGUACAUGGGGCGGAUGGACCCGCGCCGAACGGCGAGUGGAUGGUCGACGGUCGGCGCGGCUUAGUCUCUUACAGGGGGAAGGAAGGCGGGGGAGACUAUCUUUAUGAUAAUGUCUUCCCGCCGCAUGAGCAUAACGCCAAAGUCUAUGAUGCCGCAGCCAAACGCCUUGUCAGAAGGGUUAUGGAGGGGUAUCACGGUACGGUAUUCGCCUACGGUAUGACUGGUACUGGCAAAACUUUCUCGAUGCAAGGAACUGCGACGUCUCCUGGUGUGAUUCCGUUAGCAAUAACGGAUAUCUUCUCUUUUAUCAGGGAAACGCCACAUAGGGAGUUCCUCCUUCGUGUCAGCUACCUGGAAAUCUAUAAUGAGAAAAUCCAUGAUCUACUCUCUGCUCCGGGAGCUGGUGGAGGCACAAAUACUCAGCAGGAAGAAAUCAAACUCCGUGAAGACAGCAAACGUGGUGUGUAUGCGACGCCUCUGAAGGAGGAGAUUGUGCAAAGCCCAACUCAACUGCUUCGUGUCAUUGCCAGAGGUGAUCAUGCCCGAAGGACUGGGAGUACACAAUUCAACGCUCGUAGCUCCAGGAGCCACGCUGUCGUUCAAAUUGUCGUUGAGAGCAGGGAGCGAGCCCCAGCUAGCAAUCCCUCUCAAGAGAGGCGCUCCGGUAUGGCUCCCGGCGGGGUCAGAGUCUCAACCCUUAGCUUGAUUGAUUUGGCUGGAUCUGAGCGUGCUGCAGAGGAUAAAGAGCGUCGGACGGAAGGUGCUCACAUCAAUAAAAGCUUGCUCACGCUGGGCACGAUCAUUGCCAGGUUGUCAGAGAACAAGGAUAAGAAUGGCAAUCAGAACGAUCGCGAAGGCAGGCAUCUUCCAUAUCGUGACAGCAAACUUACCAGACUAUUGCAGCCGGCCUUGUCCGGUAAUUCUCUCGUCAGUAUCCUUUGCACAAUCCAAAUUGGUGCAUCUGGCGGUUCAGCUACCACAGCCUCACACUCGGCCGAGACAUUGAACACGCUCAAAUUCGCUGCUCGCGCUAAGAACAGUAUCGUUAGUCACGCUAAAAGAGCAGAAGAAGCGUUUGGUAGCGGUGGUGGCGAUGCCGGCAGCCGAGUUCUCCUGGAGCGGUAUCGGAUGGAGAUUCAAACCCUGCGCAGUCAGCUUGAAACACAGGCAAAAGAUCAGGCUGAGAAAGAGCUGAAACUGGAGGAGCAGCAGUUGGAAAAGGAGGCAAAGGCGCGCCAUGAGGAGCAGAUGCUUGAGAUGCAAUUAGCUCGCACGGCGCUGAAGGAACGGAUUGAGCAUCUCAAUCGCCUCAUACUUUGUUCCAAGUCCACUGGAGUCAAUAGCCAGAGCGGAAUAGCUGCCUUUGGUCGACUUUCUAGAAUGUCUGCUACCGGCUCAAUAUCUCGAUCUUUACGCUCUUCAGUGAGUCAAUCGACACUGGGUGCUUGCGGCUUGCCAUCCACACGACCCAUUUCACUUCUGUCCACUAACAGUAAUGAACUAUCUGCGCAUAUUCCGUAUCACGGCGGAUCUUUCGAAAACGAUGAGGAGGAAAUAAUAGGGGAGUUCGCAGAUGGGAGAGCGAGCGUUCACAAACAACUUACUGCCCUACAGGCGGAUCUUAAUGAUAAGAAUCGCUAUAUCGCAACUUUGGAGCGACGUUUGCUCCAGGCUCGUCGAUCCAGUCACUCUCGGAUGUCUAUGGGUAUGAAGACAGCAAAUGCAGCCUCGGAUACGCCGGAUUUCGUGGCUCUCCUUCACGAUAAAGACGUGGAAAUCAACGAGCUUCGCUUGCAGCUGGAUGAUAAAGACCGGAUGCUUACUGCACUCCGCUCUGCCGCACGGCAUCGCGAUUUUGCACAUGUCACAGCAGAGGCUUACAUACCAGACCUCCAAAGCAAGCAUGAACCAUCGCAUCGUGGUGGCCAAAAUCCCAUAUCAAACAAAUAUGUGACAGAUUCUUCUCCACUGCAAGGAGGCGAUGAGGAAAAGCCACCUAGAAAAAGCAUGGACGAAGUCUCGCGAAUACUUGAUGAAAUGAUACAAGACAGAGUUGAAAGCGGUCAAUUGAUCAAAGGUUCACAUGGGAGUGUUCACAUUGCUGAUGGAGAUCAAUGCAGUUCCGAGUCAGCAGCAGGUGUUCCUGCUCUACACACAGCUUACGUGCUUCCGGGUACCACGAAUGCAGAUUCGAUCAAAGGCAAGAGUUGA